GAGUCACAUCAUGGUCCUUAAUUUUGUUUAUUAUUAAACUUCACUAUCUCUGUGUAGUGAGUUUGGCCAUUAAAUUACUGAACAUGUUUCCUUUCCUUUCCCCCUUUUCCCUCUAUUUUGUGCAGGCAUUUUGUCCCCAAUUAACUAUUGGCGCUCCAGUCAUUGAAAGUUUGAGAAAACACACCAGGGCUUAUCUCGAUUUUCACCUUAUGGUUACAAAUCCUCUUGAUUAUGUUGAACCUUUGGCAAAACUGUGCUUCUGGUUUACAUUUCAUAAAGAGGCACCAACAAUGAAAGAACUUAUCCACAGAAUUAAGUCACAGGGCAUGAGGCCUAGUGUAGCAUUAAAGCCUGGGACACCCAUAGGUGAGGUUUAUCCUUUGGUAUGCAUUUUUCCCACUCUCUGAAAAUCUUGGGAAAUGGUUCUUGUAAUGACUGUAGAUCCUGGAUUUGCAGGACAAAAAUUUAUGCCAGAGAUGAUGGAUAAGGUACGUAUACUGAGGAAGAAGUAUCCAUCCCUUGACAUAGAGGUUGAUGGUAGUUUGGGGCCUUCAACCAUUGACGUAGCUUCAUCAGCAGGGGCAAACUGCAUUGUUGCUGGAAAUUCAGUGUUCAGAGCUCCUGAGCCAGCUCAAGUAAUAUCCUUACUGAGGAAUUCUGUUGAGAAAGCCCAUCAAACAUAUUGAUUUGACUUGAUACAGUAUAGAUCCGUCAUUUUAUGGUGCAGUGCACUUAAUAACUUCACGGAAUCAAUAUGCUUAUUCUGCUAACGUUUUGACAAGUCGAAUAAAAGAUCAGGUGAUUCAAUAAUGUUUAUUAUAUACAUGUCCAUAUCAAGUGUGCACUUGAUAAAUAUUUGUAGGUACAAAAAGGGGAUGACGCAUGCUGCCAUCACCUAACUCUUUUGCCGAAGAACACAUAAAUAUUGAGUUUGAAUUUAAAUUUUGAAACACUUAUUAUUUUUAUGUUAUGUGUAUACAAGAGAGUACUAUGUAUGGUCGUAGUAACUAAGCUUUUACACUUGUACAAAAUCAGUUCAAUAGUUUUUUAUUCAAGUCAUCAAGGGGCGCUAUAUGGUUUACUGAUAGUGUGAAAUCAGUAAUACCAAAAUUGAAUACAUAGUAAGUA